AUGUUAAAAGAAUUCAAAGAAAUUACUUGCUUUGCUAGAAUUAGAUAGAUAGGAUCAAUAUUUCAAUAAUAUUUAAAUAAUGUCUAAUGCCUUGUUAUUUUAAAUCAAUUAGAAUAUUAAGAAGAGAAAAUGUAAUCAAUUCAAAAAUUGAUAAAUUAGAUUGUUUGGCUUAGAUUUAUUUAGUGAAACUUCUAUUCAAGCUGUUCUUACAAUUUAAACAUUUUAAAUUGAUUUAAUAAUCCUAUUGACAAUAUUAAUUAGUUCUAGAAGAAAAGAAUUUAAGGAUAUAUCAAUUAUUAACAAUAUAUAUUUGAGAAAAGAAUGAAAUUUUCAAAUUAUUAGACAUAAUUCAAGAGUAUUCUAAUUUUCAUAGAGAAGAUUUAUUAGAUUUGUCAAAUGUUUUAGAUUAUUGAAUAUAUAUUAGAUAAUUAAAACAAUUAUUGUCAAAUAUUUAGAAUUAUUUAGAUUAAGACAAAUGAUGCUUAUUAUUUAGAAUUAUUAGAUAAUUAUCUAGAGUGA